AGAUAUACCACCUUCGUCCCAAAAUAAGUUUAUCUUUUACGCAACCCAUGUAUACCAAUACGAACUCCCAAAGAAUAGAAUACCACUUUAUCCAAUUCCAAUACAACCAUUCCUCACUUUAUCUACUUCAAUCCAAUUUUUUUCUUCUUUCACAAAUUCUGAUGAAAUCAAUACUAAAAAUGAACUUAUUUUUACACAAAUUAAUGAGAUGAGCUAAUUAAAAAUGAACUUAAUAUGGGACGGAGGGAAUAAUUGCUAACCUACUUUUGUUCUUCUCUGUGUUUCUUCUUUUUGUUCUUCAUGUUUCCUACAUUAUGCAAUGUAGUCCACGUUAGGUAGAGGAAAAAUUAACAACGCCGAUGCCCGGACACUAGCUUUCUUCUUUGUGUAUCUCCUACAUGGGAAAAUUAGAGGAUAGUGCUACGAAACCCUUUCAGCGGGAUAGAUCGAUCGGGCUCUAUUACAGUUUUGGGGUUAUGAAUAGGAAUUAGUCGUCACAUCCAUCUACCGCCUUCUCUCCCUUUUAUUUGCACAGGUGGGGCUUAGAAGCUUAUCUCGAUUAGAAUCUAGUUAUUACCACCGAUCUGUUGGAAUUAAUGGGCUAGGCCCAAUUUAUUCACAAUUAAUUCCACUGGCCACAAUUAAUGCUACGGGGAUUAAUACCACCUUAGAAAUUUAAGUGGGGAGAUCUCAAUUUAAAUAGAAAGCUAUUAUAGAACCCCUCUUGACUGGUUGAGGUGGUAGUGGGACAGCCACACACGUGCGAGCUGGGCUGGGCCGGGCCGUGGGCGAGGCAGGCGGCUACUCUCUCCCUUUCUCAUUAUUUUGUAAUGGACGGGAAUUGAAUCAACGUAACUCAGCCGAUCAAUUCCGUAUUAGCCUGGUGCGCUCUCUCUCUCACACACACACACAUUAUUUUGUAACGGACGGUAAUCGAAUCAAUGCUAAUUCCACUGAUCAAUUCUAUAUUAACGAGUGAACGAAUUCUAACGGAUUGAUUUCACCAUUAACUACAGAAUUUAAUCAGAUUGAUUAUGAUUUGGUUACUCCAGAACGUUACUCCCUCACGCACUAUAAAUCCCACCUACGGGACAGGCAGAAGAACGCAUCUCAAGCUCUGCUCUAUUCUUCCUCGUUGGUUCCUCUCCGUUCUAUUCCUGUACUAGCCACUGCCUUCCCCUGUCCUGUUCUCCUACACGCACGGGUAAACGGGAUGAGCAUUCCCCUGUCCUGUUCUCCUACACGCACGGGUAAACGGGAUGAGGAGGUGCCUCCGAAACUCCGUUCGCUUGAGAACCUGCACAGGCUCUCCUUCCUCUUCAACGCCAUGUCUACCGUCAACACCGACUCGACCCCCCGCAUUGGUACUGGGGAAGGCGAGAACGGCAAUAUCAAUGGAGGCAACAACUCCAACAAUGCCUCAACUAGUUCUGAACCGUUCUCUGGAUGCCUACCAUGUACACACUGUACUGCUAUUGCCGUGGGUUCACCUGGAACUCAACUUAGCAUGUGCUAUGGCUUAUGCUUCAGUACGCCCGAUUCACCUAUCCACCUGAGUAUCAUAUCCUCAAGAAACCUAUUGGAACAUCCCAAACCGCAGUCAUGGUUCGUGUAAGCAUUCGGGGUAGAACUCCACUAGAGAAAGACCUUCAAUAUACUGGUUAUGGGUGGGAUAUUAAGUCCGCUUUGCAAAACUGUGCUUAUGUUGCUAUCAUCCGCCUUCGCUAUGAGCUACCUGAGAUAGAAGAAUUUUACUGCUACGUUCCAUCCUUAACUGAGGGAGCUCAACACACUACCUACCCAGGGUUAGCUGAAAUAGGUGUAGGACUACAUACCCCAUACCUCCAACUUGCAAACUUUGUGCGCUCACUAGAUAUGCUUUAUCGCUCAACCUUUGCUGAGCUGCAACGCGUCCGCACCAGGGUAGCCACUUUAGAAAGAAGCAUUAUGCCAAGGUAUCGCCAGGGACAUUAUACAUCGGAGUUCAUGUUUGGUGAGGAUGCCAUGCUUGCACCAGCAGAAGAUAUACCACCACCUGUUGGAAUGUAUUUUGAAAGAAGCCCACCUUCGCGCGUCGAUGUCAGGACUGCUUAUCCUCCACUUGGAACCACUGGACCGUAUGGACCGCCAGAGUAUGUUCAAUGGUAUGGUCGAGUCUUCAAGCUGAGGAUGAGAGACUAAGCAAUAGUCCUAUCUAACCUCUACUGCCACGGUAGUAUGACUUAAGGACAAGCUUAAGGAAUACGCUAGGUAUAUGGUGGCCCAUUUUGGAAGAAAAUCAUGGUAUGUAAUAUAUGUAAUAUGGCUGCCAUGUACUCCAUUUAUGUAAGAACUUGUUGGAUGGAUGUAAUAGUAACUAAGAACUCGUUUGUCCUUAAUUUA